AUGUCGGACAAGCCGGAGAGCAGCAAGACUCAACUCGAAGAGGACAUCAUCGAACCAUUGUUCCAAAAGGAUUUCUUGUCACAGUUGCCAGAGGAGCUUGCUUAUCGCAUCAUCGCCUAUUUGACACCUUUGGAUUUGACGCUUUGUGCUGGUGUUUCACGGGCGUGGCAGCGAAUUUGUGAAGAUGAUCGGACGUGGCGACAGAAAUGUUUGGAGAAAGGAUAUGUGAAAUUUGAUGCGCCAAGUUUUCGUUUUCUCAGAGGCUGGGCGACGAAUCGAGCAUAUGAGGAAGCGGGAAUCACAAUCUUCCGACAUAUGGACCUUCAAGAAGCACACCAGAAUCGACGAGAACGCGAGAUCGCAUAUGGACAGUGUUAUGGGCGAUCGUCAUGGAAGUCACUGUACUUGCGGAAGCAGCGAAUCAUUUCCAAUUGGCGAUCCCGAGCGAUUCAAGCAAGCACUAUCCAAAAGGCUCGCGAGGAUAAUGCGGUCGAUCAUCUACAAGUUCAGUCUGGUCGUAUCGUUACUGGUUCAAAUGGUAGUACGUUGCGUAUCUGGAAUGUUGAUGAUGCUCAACCGGCUUUCACUCUAACUGGCCAUAUGGGUGCUGUUUAUACGUCCCAAGUGAGCGAUGAUGGCAAAUACAUUGUCAGUGGCUCGACUGAUCGAACGGUGCGCGUUUGGUGUGGUCAGACCGGUGUACAGCGUCAUGUUCUCCAGGGGCAUACGAGUAUUGUUUACGGCAUAAGUCUACAUGGCACAACUCUUGUUUCUGGAUCGUCCGAUCAAACGCUCCGAGUCUGGGACAUUGCCGACGGGAAAUGCCUUCACAUUUUGGCUGGCCACUUGGAGACGGUUUCGUGUGUACGCUUUGAUGGAAAGCGGGUUGUGUCUGGUUCCUUUGAUUGUACUGUAAAGGUUUGGAAUGUAGAGACGGGUGAGUGUUUGCACACGCUGACGGGUCACACGAAUCCAGUCCUUUCACUUUUGUUUGAGCCGGAGCGCGAUCUUGUCGUCUCGGGAAGUCAGGAUGGAACGAUGCGCGUCUGGGAUGUGCGAAGAGGAACAUGCAUCGCAAUUCUUAUCAGUCAUGAAAGGCCCUACUAUGGCAUGCAGCUUCGCGGAAACAGUUUGGUCGCCUGCUAUACCGGCUCGGACGUUGGGGUUUGGGACAUUCGUGAGGGUGGUUCAUGCAUUCAUCGCCUGCAAGACGCAAAUGGUCACACGUUCAAUAUCACUUCAUUGCAAUGGCUCGACUCGGGGCUUUUGGUGUCAAGUUCUUACGAUGGUUGGGUCAAGCUGUGGGAUGUGGAUAAAGGUAUUUUUGUUCGUGACCUCCUCAACCAAAAAGCGUCAAUGCCGUUUCAUCGACCGCUUGGCGAACGCGAGGCGAAACAACAAACCGCACCAACGUUCAUUCGGCCUUUGUCGGACAAGCGAGCGGUUGUCGGCGAACGCGUGGUACUCGAAUGUCAAUUGGAGGGUCAUCCCGAUCCGCUCGUGAAAUGGCUGAAAGAUGGGCACAACGUAUCAACGUGUCCCGAUUAUUUGAUCGAGGAAGACGGUUCAAAACAUCGACUGAUCAUCGAAAAUGUGCAGGGCGCCGACUCGGGCCGCUUCACCGCGCAAGCACUCAACACUGGUGGCUCAAAGCAGUCCACAUGCAUCCUCAUCGUUGCCCCAGCUCCAACACCAGUUCCAGGCGCUAAACCAAUCAACAGCCCCGCUCCACCGCAGACCCCCGUCGGGCCGAGUGCACCGAUUUUUUUAAAGGAACUUCGUCAUCAACCCUUAAAACCGGGAAUCGCUGUUGUAUUUGAAGCCCGAGUCGCCGGGCAACCACAACCGACGAUUGAGUGGCUCAAAGAUGAACGCCCCUUGCAGAAUUAUCGGGCAAAAGUCGAGCAUGAUGUGAAAUCAGGCAUUAUCUCAUUGACGAUUCCACAAAUGUUCACUGAUGAUGUCGGCGAGUACACCUUACGGGCGACGAAUCAACACGGAGUUGCUCAAACUUCGGCACAUCUUCUGCCCAAAGAUCAAUACGAUCGGUGGUUUACCGACGAACAGUCGAAGUUGACAAGAGAUCGGAAACAGAACAUGCUCGCCCAGUCCGGAGUUCGUCCAGCCUCUGCCGCGAUGCGACAAAUGAGCAAGUACGGUCACCAAGCCUACUCCGACACCGAGAGCUAUGGAGAUGUGACCUGGGGCAUCUCGGAAUCGGAAACCGAGCCCGAGCUGGCCGCUCUAGAGCCCCGGGCUCCGGCGCCGGGCACUCGACCUUUGCUUCGCACGCCUUUGAGGGGAUUACGACUCACCGAGGGCACGGACGCGAUCCUUCAGGCGAAUAUUGUUGGAAAUCCGAAGCCAAAAAUCGCUUGGUACAAGAACGGACAAGCGUUGAUCAUCACAGGCACGCGGAUGCAAGUCAACUACAAGGGCACGAUGGCUGUUUUGAAAAUCUCGAUGGUUGUGCCGGAAGACACUGGCGAUUACACGAUCCUCGCCGAGAAUCGCUUCGGAAAAGUGGACUCAUCGGCGCGGAUCGAGGUCUAUCCAUUGUCGAUCCCCGACGAACGACCCCUUCUCACGCCGAAUACCCAACCCACGACACCAAUACCGCAGGCGACGUCCGGGGGAGCGUCUUUGCCUGUGACACAACGGCAGCAACAAUCCCUUGAAAGGCCUCAACAAUUGCACGAAGCACAGCCGACUCAACAACAAUUGACGGCAGCUGCUGUCGCCUACGAGAGAGAGCGACAGAUUCGAGAGCAGCACGCGAGAAGGCAACAACAGGAAGCCGAGGCUCAGCAACGGGAGCAACAACAACAACAACAACAACAGCGGCGACAGCAACAGGAGACCGAGGCGCGCCGCCGCUUGCAACUGGAAGAAGAGGAGAGGCGCCGACGGGAACAGGAGCUACGCCAGGCCGACGAACUCCGCCGACAUCAGUUGGUUGAGCAACAACGCGCGCAAGAAGAGGAAAGGAGAAGGCAAAGAGCGGAAACAGAAAGAGUGCGGGAAGAGGAAAAGCAGAGACAGAGAUUGGAAUACGAGAGAGCGAUCGAGACACAGAGGAGGCGGCAACAGGAACAGCAACGCCGUGAGAUUCAACUGCUCGAGGAGCGACGUCGACAAGAAGAAGACGAGCUCCGUCGACGACAGGAGGCGUACACGUAUUCCCAAUUUGUACCCUAUUCGCCGACCGGUGGCAGCUCGUGGGGCGGUGCACAGCCGAAUCUACAAUUUGGGGCACAACAGGUUCAAUACAGUCAGCCGUCUCCUCCAAAUCUCCAUCAACAACAUCAAAAAUCCCCUCAACCUCCCGUUUACCUCGUCCAGCCGGGCACCCUUUGGCAGCAAGGAGCCUACGCUGAGCCGAUUCAUUCAGGAGCACAACCACAACAACCCCUUCACUACCAGGAACCCGUGCAACGAGUAAGCGGUGGGCAGUCCGCUUACGAGGAUCACAUCGUUUCCCGUCGACAUCAAGGCCAUCCGGCGCAAAGGCAGCUCCGACUACCCGACUACUCUCCUCAACUUGGCAGCGUUGAGCAAGAGUGGUACACUCGAGAACACCAAAAACCCCACUAUCAGCAGCAGAUUUUACCCAAUCAACACCAGCAACACCACUACGAUAUGGCGACCAAACAGCAGCAACAGAAGAACCCAACGACUCAUACGAUGGUUGCAAGAGUCAAGGCUCAAAAUGGCUCGAUGAAGGAACAGGCAGCGACCGUCAUCGAGGGUUACUCGGCCCCGUCGCCUGGGCAAAUCAUCGGCAGAUCCGCGAAACCGCCCGUUUUCCUCGUGCAUCCCCAAUCGGUGGCAGCCAAGAUUGGAGAUCAAGUCGUUUUCAGUGCAAAGGCAAGCGGCGAUCCACUUCCCCAAAUGGAAUGGCUAAUGGGCGAUGGCUCAGUCGUUCCCCAAACCGGCCAAAUCCGUGCCGAGAGUUUCGCCGAUGGCAGCGGCCGACUCUGCAUUGAUAAGGUUGAAGCCGAACAAGCGGGCACUUUCCUGUGCGUUGUGCGAAAUGCAGGUGGCAGUAUGCAAUCGCGCUUCCAGCUACAAGUGCUCCAAACCCGAUCCCCAGAUGCGCCCCGUUUCACAGGCACUUUCCAAUCGACAACAAUUAACGAAGGAGACACGAUCAAAUUAUAUUGCAAAGCUCAUGGUGACUCACUGAAAUUCGAAUGGUCAAAAGACGGUGAUGCGAUCACGUCAGGAGGACAUUACAAAGUCUCAAAUUCGGCUAACGAAACGACUCUCAUCGUUGAGCAGGCCACUCUGGAGGAAGGCGGAUGGUACACAUGUGUGGCCAGCAAUCAAUUUGGCUCCACACCGCUAAAGGGUCGCAUUGUUGUGCAAUCGCGUCGCAAGCUUGCCCCGCAUCAGCGCGAGUUGAUCACGCUGAGGAAAGUCGAGCACAAACGCGCGAGGACUCCAGUGAAUCAAUUGGAAAUCGCCUCGUCUACCCCACCACAAUUCCAGGGUUCACUGCAACCACUUUCUCUUGUUGAGGGUCAAAGUGCUCGCUUAGAGGUCAACUACACCCCAGCUGAAGAUCCGAAUUUAAAAAUUGCUUGGAUUAAGGACGGUCGUGCUCUUCUCGCAUCAUCUCGUGUCGCCACAUUGAGCGAAUUCGGCGUUGCUGUCUUAGAAAUCAAUCCGAUCAACGUUUUUGACCAAGGCGAGUACACGAUUGUCGCUGUGAACACGGCUGGAGAAGCGCGAUUGUCGACGACACUGCAGGUGCUCGGUCACGCUCAAGUCGCUCCUUCACCGCGUACGGUUGGCCAAGAAAUGGGUGGGCAAAUGUAUGGCUCGAUGACAGCGUCGAUGAUCGGUGGUGGUGCUGGCGGAGUGCCCGAGGUGCCCAACUUUCACUCGGAUUUGCGAAGUCACGAGGUUUUCGAAGGGCAUCCGAUUCAUUUGGAGUGCAAGAUCACCCCGAUCAACGAUCCAAAUCUCUACGUGCAGUGGUUUCUCAACGGACAACCGUUGCCAGAAACUGCUCGUCAUCGCACCUCAUCCGCUUACGGUUUCGUCUGUUUGGACAUCGCUGACGCACAGUCGGGCGAUGCCGGUUUCUACACGGUGGUCGCCUCGAAUGAUCUCGGAAGCGCUGAUCAAAGCUGUGAUAUCCUUAUUCAUCCAAAGUCGACUUUGUUGCAAUAUCAAGCGAAUCUGGAUGUGGAUGAUGUUCGAGAGUUGACACAUCGUGGGGGAAACGAUGGAGAAGCCCCGAAAUUCAUUCGCUCACCGAUCAACUACCAUUGUGAGCAAGAGCUAGGACGAUCGUAUUUUGAGGCAACCAUCACUCCCGUCAACGAUCCGAGUUUAAGGGUCUCGUGGCUGAAAAACGGGCAAGCGAUGCCGAACGCGAAUCGCAUUCAAACGGGGGUUCAUUUUGGUCAUGUCUCGCUCACCAUUCAUCCAACGUACCCCGAGGAUGCUGGCGUGUACACUUGCGUACUCCAUAAUGUCAUGGGUACAGCGCAAGCGAAUGCCGAGUUGACCACGUAUCAGACUGAGGUGCUUAAACUCGAGUCUCAGCACGGAGAGAGUCUGCCGAUCAUUGGCUACCUUGAUUCUCAUCAAAUCCACAUUGGACCGAUGCCCGUUGUCCGUCCCGAAGAAGAGCACUCUUUGGAAACCCCAAGAUUCGCGAGAACAUUGCAGGAUAAAAUUGAGGUUACUGAAAACGAGCCGGUUCACUUUGAGGCGCGAAUCCAGCCGGCGAGCGAUGUGAAGAUGCGAGUCGAGUGGUUCCACAACGGUCACCCAUUGGCCGCAGCACAUCGUUUCCGUCCAAUGUUCGACUUUGGCUACGCCGCCUUGGACAUUCUCUACGCGUAUCCGGAAGACUCUGGCACAUAUACAUUGGUGGCGCGUAAUGAAUUGGGCGAAUGUCAAUGCAAUCUUGAGUUGUCUGUGCUUUCGGAGAAAUCCCUCUACCUGGAUCCCCAUCAUCCAGAAGGCUUAGCUCGAAUUGAACAACUUGAGCACUCAAGGAUUGGACAAUUAGAAGAGGAUGAAGAACGAGGGUGCAGCGGUGCACCACAAUUCCUCGGUGAUCUCCAGAAUAUGCAAAUCAAUGAGCACGACGAUAUUCAUUUAGAUGUUCGGGUGACUCCCGUAAAUGAUCCAACGAUGGUGAUUGAAUGGUUUGUGAAUGGACAUCCAUUGUUGACCGGAAGUCGUGUGAAAGCCAUGUAUGAGUUUGGUUUCGUUGCCCUGGAUGUUAAAGGAGCUAUUGCUGAAGACUCGGGCACGUACACCCUAGUGGCGAGGAAUGCGCUGGGAGAGGCGAAACGCGAGUGCACCGUUAUCGUCCUUCCCCUGGGCACGAUUCUGGACAACACACAACACGAGGAAUCGCUUGGAAAGAUCAACUAUUUGGAGAAUUUGAACAAGUAUGCGAGGGGUGAGAUUGAAGAAGUUGCACCCGAAGGACCACCCGUCUUCAUCCUGCAAUUGCCACAAGAUCUCGGAGAGGUCGAAGAAUCCGAGCCCCUCCAUUUGGAGUGUCAAGUUCGACCGUAUAACGACAACUCGUUGAAGAUCACGUGGAUGAGAGAUGGUCGACCGAUUCCACACGGUCACCGUUUCCGCACUUUCUACGAUUUUGGCUACGUUUCAUUGGACAUUCUUGGCGUCUAUGCUCAGGAUUCGGGCGAAUACUCGUGUGUCGCUGAGAACUCUCUUGGGCAGGCAACAACAGCAACGAGAUUCAUUUGUCGAGGUCAUUUUUUCAUCAUAUUCAAUAUUGAAAAUGAUCAAUCCGGAGAUCAA